ACGAGAGCUUGUAUGGCCCGAACCGUGUUCUAUUGAACUUAACGCGCAUCGUCAAUUGCCGACAGUGAUUCGUCGAAAGUUGCAGUGAGGAAAGGAGAAUCCUCGGACUUUGUUUCAAUUGUGGUCGUGUUGGUGCCCUAGGUCAGACGAGGAUGUCAUCUCUAUAUAGAGGGGAAUCGAGGAGGUACAAUAAUAAACCAAGGGGACGCCAUCAUUUGACCCAACAGAAGAAGCAGGAGAUCAAGGAAGCUUUUGAAUUGUUUGACACUGAUGGCUCAGGUAAUAUUGAUGCCAAGGAGCUAAAUGUUGCCAUGAGGGCCCUUGGAUUUGAGAUGACAGAAGAGCAAAUUAAUCAAAUGAUAGCAGAUGUGGACAAGGAUGGCAGUGGAUCAAUUGAUUAUGAUGAAUUUGAGCACAUGAUGACAGCCAAAAUAGGAGAAAGGGACACUAAGGAGGAGCUCAUGAAAGCCUUCCGUAUUAUUGAUCAAGAUAAAAAUGGAAAAAUAUCUGCAUCAGACAUCAAGCGUAUUGCAAAAGAGCUAGGUCAAAAUUUCACUGACAGAGAGAUUCAGGAAAUGGUCGAUGAAGCAGACCAUGAUAAUGAUGGAGAGGUUAAUGCAGACGAUUUCAUCAAGAUGAUGAACAGAACUAGCUUCCGUCACUAGUCGUAUCUAGGUGGAGUUGAUAGCUAAAAAAUUUCGUGCUAUUGUACAAAUUUUAUGAAUAACAUUAUGUAUGCCUAAAUUUCGGUGUGUUCUGACUAAUUUAUUUUACGUUUCUUA